AUGUUAGAAGCUGGAAAAAGUUCUGAGCCUCAGCCAGCUACUGUACUUGUUGACAUCCCUAAUAAACAUCUCCAUGUACUCAAUGAAAUUAUCAAGCUCGUUGAUCCUCAAAUGCAACCGUUAGUCGCCGAUGUUCUUAAUUACGUGCCUAAAGAAAUUCUGCUAGACAUGAUAAGAUUUAAACCUGAUUCUGAAAUCAGAAUUAUCGAGUGUGUGAACAAAGUAAAUGGAGAUACCAGACGCGUGAGAUAUGCAUCGUGGAUGAAACGUCAGCUCAUCCCAGAGUUCUUGAAGGGGUUGACGUGGAAAGACAUUAUGGGAGAAGUGGUAGAUCAAAAGGAACAUGAUGUGUGCUGGGCCAUCGUGGUGGCUGAACUUAUACGGGCUUUGAGACAGAUUGAUGGACGUGACGCAGACGUCAAUAUAAGAUAUUCAACACAGGAACUGAUUGACUUUGUGGACCCUGUGCAACGAAGAGUGGAGCGCAAGGCUGAACACUAUUGCUACCCCUUGAAUCUCACCAAGGGUUUUGAGUAUGUUAUGAAGAAUGGAAUUCAGAGAGAAGAAGACAGGACCUUCAGUGGAUGUCCUAGGGAUGUUCCUGAUUACACUCCAUCGUCUCAGCUCGGAUAUAUCAAAAACUUUGCAAGGCUCGGCACAAUCAGCGAGGCCCUUAUCCAGCUUAAAGAACAUCCUAUUGGAGCAAGUUUGGCCAUUUUUCAGCCUGAGUACAGAAAUAUUGGGAAAAAGAUAUACCGUGGACCUGUCAGUCAAAAUUCUAAAUUACGCUGUAUGCAUGCGAUUUCUCUAAUUGAGGUGGGCGAAGAAAACGGGGAGAAGUAUGUUCUUGCGAGAACAAGCCAUGGGAAGAAGUUCGGAGAUGAUGGCCACAUAAAGAUCUCACUGGAAGUUGUCAUUCUCUACAUACCCAUACCUGGAGAAGAUGUUGACGAGAACGCUAAGAAAUAUUUUAGCAAGCCAAGAUCACUUGUUGGAAGGUUCAGCUACCCAGUGUUAUUGACAGAGGCUGAGGAGGAGAUCCAAAAGAAGAUCCAUCAAGACAAACAAGUUUCCUGCGAUGAAAUGGAGCUUUGA